AUGCACCAGCACCCAGAUCCAGAAGCAGAACAGCGCCGCUGCCCCCAGCCCCUCAUCCCCCAGUCUCCACCGCACCCCGUCCUUGUUGGUCUUGUGCUGAUGCCCGUUCACCCCAUGAGGCGCUCUCGCAUGUCCUGCGUCCUCUCGGAUGUGGUCUGUGUAAGAGCGCCUCUGUCCUGGGCCUGUGUGGGCUUGGCUGCUGAAAGCGCUGAGGACUCUCCUGAUCGCACUUCUGGGUUGGCUGAGUUCCCACUCUGGAGCCUCUCAGGAGGCUCUGCCCUGAGGAAGCAGAGCGGUGACGUCAUGGAUGGACCCGGAUGUUGCCGCUGCUGGCCCCCAGCUGAGGCACCGUGGAAGGCCUCUCUGUCUCCUUGUUUGCUGAGACCACCUCUGCCCUUGGUAAAAACCAUGAACAAUCACAGGUAUUCCCAACACAGAGCUGAUCUUCACAGGAAAUCCCUCAGUGAGGCACCAAUCUGUUUUCUUUAUCUCAACUCUCUCUCCAUAUGUACUCACUUAAUAUCAUCUGUCAGUCCCAGUCAUUCUAAAUGGGCAUGGCUGAAAUCUAAACUCUCCAAGUGGAUUUGCACCUCUACUUUUUUUUUUGGGGUCUUCAACAUGCGGAUCUUUGCCAAAAUAUUCAAUGGUAUAAAAGCCAGAUUGAAUUUCACUGUGGUCUGUCAGGGAUAUGUUAAUGCAUAUUGUCAAUCCACAAAGCUCACAGAACACGAAUCAGUUUCAUUCAUAAGUAUCUUGGUUAUUUAUGAUGUAGUGUUCCUGGCACUUAUGAUCUUGUCCAGCCUCUACAUGGUGUGGAUCCUCUACAGACACCACAGGAGGGCCCAGCACUUUCACAACCUCAGCCUCUCUUCCAAGACAUCUCCAGAAAACAAACCCACCCACACAAUCCUUUGGAUGGUAUUUUGCUUUGUGUUCUUUUAUUUGUCAAACAACUUUUUGACCCUUUAUGGAUAUUAUGCAUCUGAGAAAAAUGCAAGAUUGGAGGGUAUUGGUGGAAUUUUAGCAUCAUGCUACCCGACAUUUUGUCCCCCUUUUCUGAUGAAACAUAACAAAAUUAUUGUCAAACUGACUUCCUUCCUUUCAAAUAUGAGAAUGACCUUUUGUCCAUGAGCAUUCAAUGGCUGA